AUGCAGGUUCGCUCCAACGCAGCAAUUUGGGAACGUCAGACGGCACAGAACGUGCUUGUGUCAGUGCUUGCUGUGCUAGCCUUCAGCAGUUUAGCGACUUCCCUCAGCUUUCUGCCCCUAAAUACAACCUUUUCCCCAAAUGGAGCCCCCCCACAAACGUUCAAGGUCAACCCUGCUGUUGAGAACGUGAGCCGGAUGUUUCCAGUGGGCCAGCCGGCCCCGCCCACCAAUGCAUGGUGGGCCAGUUGGGUCCAGGCGAACGGCUACGACGGCGACACCACCGCCAUUGAUAUGCAGCCCUACCUUGUAAAAGUGACGUCAUCGGGCUUGAGCAUGGCGGCCCCGCACGACAUGACGUGGGAUCCGGAAUGUUCCGGUUCAAGAUGCAUUAAGAACGAAUACAAGCGCUACGUGAUCAUCACCACUGGCAGUGGCCUUACUGUAGUUGAGGUGGAGUCGUUUGAUGAGCUGUCCGUCACUUUCCGCUGGCGCCCUGCCAGCGGUGCCGCCGUGGCCAUGCGUGCGACGCUGUUGCAAGGCUCCCCAUACGUCACAGUGGAGUUCCUCUCCUCUGCACCAGUUUUCCGGACGUCUACCGACCCCUGGCUGGGCCCAGCCCCCUCCAGCAUCACGGGGGACAGCUACAACAAGUUCAAGCUGCCCUGUGGCAGCGGGCUCACCUGGCUGAUCUACAGCACCAGCGCCCAGGCACUCUCCAUCACCGCCACGCUCACGGACUUCAGCGCCACCGGCCCCGUGUUUUCGGGCAGGUGGCGCGUGGCCAUGCUGCUGCCGCGCUUCGCCAUACCGUACGGCUGGACCCGCGCCUCCUUGGACGGCAGCAGUGCUGCAUUCGAGGCGCAGCUCGACAAGUAUGCAAACGUUUACGCCACAGGUGGCCAGGUGCAGCUGGGUGUGGAAACCGGGGUGGCCCAGCCCCGGGCCAUUCUGCAGCACUUGUUCAACACAAGUACGAUGUGGGGUCCCGCGGCCACCGGACUGCUCAUGUACUCGAUGCCCCACCAUCGCCGCUACCUGGAAAGCCCUCAGCCCCCCGCAACCAGUGACACCGGGCAGCUAACCUGCAAGGGCAUUCGCGGCAACCUGAUUGCGGUGGAGGGCAGCACCUGGACUUUGGCCUACCCCAUGCCCGACAUAACAUGGUCUGCCCCUGGCGGCAUCAAGGAUCCAGCCUACGUUGCGCCCAUCAUCGACCAGCUGCUGCAGACCGACAUCAACAGCAACCUGUAUGGUGCUCAGGUGUUCAAGGUCUCUCAGGCUCUUGCCGAUAUGGGCCGCAUCGCAGAAAUCGCUGCUGAGUUGGUGCCGUACGACAGUCGUCUGGUCAACGCCGCCUGGGCAUUGCGGCAGCGCAUUGCAAGCCACCUGGCUGUCUGGCUAGCGCCGUCCAACCCCAAUAGCAUGGGCCUUGUGUACGACGCUAAGUGGGGCGGUAUCGUUUCAGCAUACCCCAUUUGGAUAAAUACCGUGAACCCCGCUGCGGGCCGCAACGAGGAGGACAAGAACAAUGUCUACUGGCACCACCUGGCGCACUAUGGGCCCUUCAUCUACGCUGCCGCGGUGGUCGCCAAAGGGGAUCCGGUCUGGGCUGCUGCCAAUCGCGAUGCGGUGCUGGCUCUGGUGCGCGAUGUGGCCAACCCCCGCAGCGACAGGAGUGACCCAUACUUCCCCUUCGCACGCUACAUGGACUGGUGGGCAGGCCACGCUUGGGCGACGGGCCUGGCUAACGCUCAGAUCGACGGUGCUGUUUGGACGUGGGGAAAGUGGCAAGAGUGCUCUGGAACCGCAGUGACCGCGUACUACAGCAUCGCCUUGUUCGGUGCAGCCACAGGCGACCCGAGUCUUCAGCGCUGGGGCCAGGUGCUGGCGGCCAUAGAAGCUGGCUCUGUGCGCACGUAUUGGCAAAUCCCCGCCGCCGGAUCUGACGCCUACCCUUUGGGCACCUUCGUCGCCGCUGACGCUGGCGGCAUUGAUCGUCUGUACAAUGGGUACGGCAACGACGGCAAGCGCGUGCCGGGUAAAGUGUACCAGGCGCGCAUUGCCUUCAUGACCGAGGUCGGCCUCGUUUUUCCGGAGCCGCUAGUUUUGUACGGGCUGCAGUGGGCGCCCUUCCUCCCGGGCGCUUCGGACUUCCUACAGCAGCAGGGCUGGAUGGCUGAGGCCUACGCGGCCGUCGCCAACGCCACCCUCAGUCCGUCCAAUACGGUGGCCUGGGAGGCAUUUCGUGCCAUGGCGCGAGGAGCCGCCGGCGACCGGGCUGGUGCCUGGGACGUGGCGAUGAACGCAGUGCCCAACGGCCCACCGUAUGCCGUGGAUGCGACCGACAGUCAGGGAUUGCGACACAGCAAGACGUCUAUUCUGUACUGGAUUGCGACCCGUGAGUCAGGAUCAUCGCCCACUAACUCCCCGCCGCCCCUAUCUCCGAGUCCAUUACCGCCCAGCCCUCGCCCGCCACCACCACCGCCACCGCUGCCGUCCCCACCACCGCCACCGCUGCCGUCCCCACCACCGCCGCCGCUGCCGUCCCCACCACCGCCACCGCUGCCGUCCCCGCCACCGCAGCUGUCGCCCCCGCCGCCUUUCCGGCCACCGCCGUCUCCCCCGCCAUCCCCUCCACCGCGCCCACCAGCAUCGCCCCCGCCCACGCCGCCUUUCCGGCCCCCGCCGCCCACGCCGCCUUUCCGGCCCCCGCCGCCCACGCCGGCAUCGCGACCGCCGUCCCCGCCUUCCCGGCCACCGCCGCCCCCGCCUCCCCGGCCACCAUCGCCAGUGCCGGCAUCGCCACCGCCGCCGGUGGCAACAUCGCCGCGACCACCGCCGUCAUCACCGCCGUCGCCUCCGCCCGUGUCAACGUACAUUGCUUACAGAGCCCUGAAUCCCGCGGUUGGCAUUGCCGCGCCACCAGGCUUGACCAACUUCACCAACACCUACCACACGUACAUCUGGUGGUCCACGUGGACGCAUGUGUCGCAAUACUCCCUCAGGAUGGGAGAGGAGCCGGUGGCGAUGCACCCUUGGCGCCUCAAGGCGCUGUCCGACCGCAUGGUGGUGGUGCCGCCCGGCGUGCAGUGGGGCAUCGCGGCCAAUGCCAUCGUGCCGGCCUACGACCUGUACCUGGGGAUCUCGGUGGCUGAGGGGCUGGCUGGGCGCAGUGUGGCGGACGGCAACGAGAUGGGCGUCACGUUCGAGUGGCUGCGCCAGGGGGGUGUCAGCGGCGGCGGGCCAGGCAGCAUGCGGGCCACCAUGUUGCAGGGCUGUCCCUUCCUUACAAUCCGCUACAACAGCCUGACUCCGCUUGUGGAGCAGUUUGCCAAUGCGCCGCUGGUGGAGGGUCUGGGCACCUUCACGGGCAGGACCUUCAAGCUGAUUUGUAUAUCCUUCUGCCAGGUUGCGAACAACGCGGGCCUGCGCUUCAAGUACUAUUUCAGCAGCUCGGUGACUGCAUCCAUCAACGCAACGUCACUUCGCCUGUCAGCGCCUUUCACCGGGGUCAUGCGGAUCGCAGUACUGUACAGCUCCCGCCUGCCGCUGAUGGCGGCUACUAGCGCCGGCGACGCGGAGCGACUGUACGAUGCGAACGCGGACAUCUAUCCCACCGGCGCCACCGCCAGUUUCGGUUACCAGAGCGCCACCGAAAGCGGCGGCCCGGGGGAGAGGGGUAUCCUGCGCAUGACCUUCACCACCGCCUCCAUGUCCGGUACCAACCAGGGCCAGCUACUCAUGCUGGCCAUGCCGCACCACCGCACACAACUGCUCUACCCCUCAGCUCAGCCCGUUUCUGCUGCCGGCAGCGUCACGAUGGACGACCUGCGCGGCCCGCUGACACCCGUGCUCGGCAGCGACUGGUACCUGGGCUACAAUUUGUCUGACAUUGGCUGGAAUGCGCCAAGCGGCAUUUCAAACGCAACCAUGCUCAGCGGCGUCAUCGCAGCCCUCAAGGCCGAUGCAGCGAGCUGGCAGGGAAGAGCACCCGCCGCUGACCCGUACUUUGGCAGCAGUGAUCUAGCGGCGCUGGGCCGCAUGGCUGUCAUCGCUGAUGAGCUGGCGGCCUACAGCUCGACGCCGCUGGCGGACGCCAGUGCCUUGCGCAAUGCCGCGUCAUCGCUGCGGUCGCUGCUGACAACCCACGUCAAUGCGCGGAUCACCACGAACCCGGCGGCGGAGGCAUCGUUGGUGUACGACACCACUUGGGGUGGCCUGAUCACAUACCGUGACGCCACCGAGCACAAGAGCCUUUACUUUGGCAACAGCGAGUACAACGACCACCACUAUCACUACGGCUAUCUGCUGUAUGCGGCCGCGGCGCUAGGCAAAGGCAACCCUAGCUGGCUGACAAGCAAGCGGGAGUCGCUGCUGGCUUUGGUGCGGGACUACGCCAACCCACGACGAGACGACCCGUGUUUCCCACUUGCUCGCAUGAUGGACUGGUGGGGCGGUCACAGCUGGGCGAGCGGCAUACUGGCAUUUGGAGACUCCAAGAACCAGGAGUCAACCUCUGAGGCCGUAAACUCGUACUAUGCUGUAUCGCUGCUGGGGCGAGUCCUGGGCGACCCCGAUCUGACUCGCUGGGGCCAGCUGCUGACGGCCAUUGAAGUAUCCGGCGCGCAGCACUACUGGCAGAUUCCCUCCUCCUCCCCUGUCUACCCAUCCCCCUUCCGCGACAACAAGGUGGUGGGCAUCUUGUGGAAUGGCAAGGUAGAUUAUGCAACAUGGUUUGGCAACAACCCUGCCCAAAUCCACGGUAUUCAGUACAUUCCUUUCACACCCAUCUCUGAGGUGCUGCUCCGCGCCAACUGGGUGGCUGAGUCCUACCCCGUGGCUGUCAGCCAGCUAGUCAGCCAGCUGAGCCCGGCCUGGCUGCAGUUUCCGGCCAUGGCGCGGGCAGUGCUGAACCCUGACGCUGCUUGGAGCACCAUCACCAGCCAGACGACGUUCUAUGGCGCCUGGGCUGCCCACCCAAAAUCGGUGCAACUGUAUUGGAUUGCCAGCAGAAAGGCGCCGGCGGCCACUACACAGGGCUAG